CACAUUACCUUCACUAUGACGACCCCUACCCAUAUGAAGGCGACAGUUCUAUCCAAGAUUGGCGGACCUGACGGCUUCGAAUUCUCAGAUCGCGUACCUGUCCCUGAACUGAAAGAUGGCUUCGUCAUUGUCAGAAACACCUUUGCUAGCGUGAAUUUCGCCGAUGUGUAUUUUCGGACUGGUGUCUACCCUAGCUCCCAAGACUCAAAUUUGAUCUUGGGCCAAGAGGCUUCUGGCUUUGUCGAAGCAGUACCAGAGAAUAAUCCAUUUGGUAUCCAAAAGGGCGAUCGAGUAGUAUGGAUCUUUCAAGGCGGCUACGCACAGUACACAGCAGUUCCGAUCACUCAAGUCAUCAAGGUUCCAUCUGGUAUCGCGGAUGAGGAUGCAGCCGGAGUGUUCUUGGCGGGCAUGACAGCGUUGACUUUGAUUGACGAGGCUUUCACCGUGAAAGCUGGUGACAGUGUUCUUGUUCAGGCAGCUGCAGGAGGGGUAGGUCUUCUGCUUUGUCAAGCUCUUCGUGAUCGGGGCGCAUUGGUAAUCGGAACUGCUGGAGGACGUGAGAAAUGUGAUCUGGCAUUGCAGCACGGAGCGAGUCAUAUGAUUGACUAUCGGGAGGAGAUGGACUGGCCUCAGAAGGUGCAGGAGUUGACAAACGGAGAAGGUGUUGAUGUGGUAAGUCGAAUUGUUCAAACUUCAGGCCAAGGGCCAGGGCUAAAAGCAAGCGCAAAGGUGUACGAUGGCGUUGGGAAGGAUACUUGGGAGGGCAGCCUUGCAGCAGUCAAGGUAUUUGGAAAAUUUGUGUUCAUUGGCAAUGCCAGUGGUCCAGUGCCCCUUUUUUCCCUCGAUAGAUUGACUGCGAAGAACAUCUCUAUCAUGCGACCCACUUUGCGAAAUUAUAUAAGUACAAGGGGGCGACUUGAGCGAUAUGGUAACAAGGCCCUUGAUAUGGUGAAGGCUGGAAAGUGGAAAGUCCAGAAGCAUGGUCACUUCUAUUCUUUAGAGGAAAUAGAGCAGGCCCAUAAAGACUUGGAAACCAGGGUUACCACCGGGAAAGUGUUAAUUAGGGUUUAG